AUGGCGUAUGCUUGUUUUAAUGCGUUCUUAAAACGUAGAAAUUAUUUAUCACGUUUUGAAUUAAUUAAUUUUAGAGUCUUGACCUGUUCUAUUACCGUAUUAUUUGUAUUGUUAUUACCGUAUUAUUUGUAUUGUUAUUACCGUAUUAUUUGUAUUGUUAUUACCGUAUUAUUUGUAUUGUUAUUACCGUAUUAUUUGUAUUGUUAUUACCGUAUUAUUUGUAUUUUUAUUACCAUCCUAUCCAUACUAUCCAUCCUAUUCAUACUAUCCAUCCUUUCCAUCCUAUCCAUCCUUUCCAUCCUAUCCAUACUAUCCAUCCUUUCCAUACUAUCCAUCCUUUCUAUUCUAUCUUAUUCCUAUAAUCAUGUAUUUAUGCAUGGAAGGUUAAUCUUUAAAUUAAUGUUUACAAUUCUUACUAUUUUAUUUAUGCACAAUUGUACGUAUGUUUAUUAA